UUCCUUCCGACGUACAGCGGUCACCGUAGCGCGUAGCUGCGCGACAGGGGAGCGCCGUGGUUGUGUGUCCCCCCCUCCCGAAACAUGCAUCUUUUCCCCAGGGUUGACGUGGCCAGAGUGACCCGGCAUGGAGCUCUUCCUGCCGCCUAAGCCUUCGCUGUAGUCCGGCCGCAGAGGCACACCCAGGGGGGGGGGUCGUUGAAACAAAACAAGAAGAGGUAUCUGCUCUCUUUAUUUAUUCAGGAGAGAAGAUGGCGGAGUUCUCUCCCGUCCUGCCGAUGCGGGAUGGAGGAGGACGGCUCGCCCAGCCCAUCUUCCCGCGAUCCAGGUCCGGCUCCGAGUCCGAGAGCGAACUGUCCCAGAGCCUGGCCCGGACCAAGAUCCGCUCGUACGGAAGCACGGCCAGCGUCACCGCGUCCCUGGGGGGGAAAUGCAUCGAGCAUCGGGUUGCGGACGGCGACACUCUGCAGGGCAUUGCUCUGAAGUACGGCGUGACGAUGGAGCAGAUCAAGCGGGCCAACAAGCUGUUCAGCAACGACUGCAUCUUCCUGAGGAACAGCCUCAGCAUCCCCAUGGCGUCGGAGAAGCGCUCCAUUUUCAACGGACUGUCUCUGGAGUCCCCCGACGGGGACGGGGACGGGGAGACGGAAGGCCCGGACGCGCCCGCCGCCCAUGUCGUGACACGGGACAUCGAGGCGCCCUCGCCGCCCCCGUCCCCUCCCCCCGAGACCCCCAAAGCCCCGCAGCCUCAGCCCGAGGAGCUGUCAGCCAAAGACUUCUUGCACAGACUGGACUUGCAAAUUAAGCAGUCGAAGCGGGCGGCGCAGAAACUGAAGGAAGAGGAAGUGAGGAACAACGAGGAGGACUACACAGCCCCCGAAUCCUCAUACCAGGAGCUUUAAAAGGAGCAGUGACCUUAAACACAGCCUCAUCUUUCUGGGUUUACCAUGCUGAACAAGUGUCAUGUUUGCCUUCUUAUUUAUGGAACUGUAAUGAUUUAUUUUAUUAAUUCUGUUUUUUUUUUUUUUUUUACUUUUAUCUGUCUGAGCAUAGUUGCGUGAAGCUGCUGUACAGAACACACCAGCUGCGUACGUCCACACACUGAAACACCGUGCGCUAGCUAGGCUAGACUCGAUCGAAGCUCCUGAUAUUUUAAAUCAAUCAACCAAUCUUUGGAAAGUCUUAUUCCCAUCUUUCUCAUCAGUGUUCUCCCCGUAUGAGCGGAAACGCCCCCAGACGCCGAGGCGAUGGAUGGACUCAAGCCUUUCAGAACAUUUGCCUCGUCAAAGUGUUUGUUUUCGUUUGAAAACGGAGUGCAGAGAGAGCUCUAUUUUUGAAGUGUGAAUGCAUUAUUUAUGUGCGUGGAGAACGUGUCUGUAACAGCUAUUUUAUUGUGGUUUUAAACUUCUUUGGUUGCAUUUGCCGGAAAUAAAUAUGUAUUUAAGCCAUA